UCAUUAAUUUGAAAUAAAUAUGAAAAAAGACAUAGUUUACAAGAUACUGAUAUGUAUGAUAGGAAUUUUUCUCUGGGUUUUGCUGACUUGUCCUCAUAUAGACACAGAGAGUGUUUCGAUCUGGCAAAGUUGUGAUGAUGAUCCAAUUUAUAUACUGUCGGCAGUAGCUCAGCCAAAAUUAGAAUGGAAUAUUGUUGAGUAUAUAGUACUUAACGUACUUGACCGAUCUGUUGGUAUCAUUUUUGACUGCUGUAUUUAUGGACAAAAACAUGAGAACGCCUAUAGGACAAUGGCCCACAUCAAACAAAAAUACACAGUUGAUAAGAGGAAUGUCAGAAUGUUUGCCACACAGUACUACUGCAGCUGCCAGGAUAUCAGUUUCAAACCAUUUAACAUAGUAUUAGUGGAUAGGCAUGCAAUUUGCACGCCUAGUGAACAAAUGAAGACUGUUGUCUACCCAGAAAUGAAGGCAAAUUCAACAGCGAUAUGUACAAAAGUUGCUUUUAAUUAUCUAAAUCCAAUACACCUUAUAGAGUGGUUUGAAUAUCAGAAACUAAUGGGUGUUGAAACAGUGUUAAUCAUGUUACAGACCCUUAAUUCCGAUGCUUACGCAGUUUUUAAGCACUACGAAAUGGAAGGAAUUGUUCUGUUGCUUUCAUUCCCCGAUGUUUUACCUGGAUGCAUUGAUCGUGGGUUUGAGAAAAAUCGGUGGCACAUGUUUCAAAGUGUUCAUGAUGAGCAACUUGCAGUCUUUACAUGCGAACAACUUCUGCAGGGAUACGCCUUUGUUGCUGUAAUUGAUUUUGACGAAUACAUUAUACAUGACAAAUUCCUGACAUACUCAGAGUUUAUGAAGUCAGAAUUGUUACCAUCGCACCCGGAUGCUGCAGGGUUUGUUCUUAAUGUAUCCUUCUUUCUAACAGACUGGGGAGUUUCUGGAACUGGGAAUAUGUUAACUACGAAGUAUAUCCGACGCACUUAUCCACGAUAUGAACGUUACAAAAACAUAUAUCUUCCUAAAAGGACCAAAACAUUAGAUACACACACGAUACACCCAAAGAAGGGAUACAAGAGGAUUGUACUUACAUCACACAGUGUCGUCCUUCACCAUUACAGGAAAUGUCCGUCUAGUCCUCAGUGGAAAUUCUGUUUAAGAUACACUAAAACCUUGGAUUUUAAAAUGUUUAAGAUAAUGCCAAUAUUGUAUUAUCACGUUGAUCUUGCUAUGAAGGAAAUUGGGAUCAUCAAUCACACAGAUAAUAUAUUCAGAAAGACCAGAAUAUGAUUAAAAUAUUUUUAGUUUUC